AUGGCAGGACGUGGUCGAAACCAAGUGACACGAGAUAAAGGAAGAUGGAAUAUUCUAUUUUACCUGGCCCUCGUAUUGUGUGUUGGUCUUUUUCUCACAGCGCGCUCAGAAGAAGUAGAUAGUCCCAUUAUUGGCAUUGACUUGGGCACAACGCACUCUUGUGUGGCCGUCAUGAGAAAUGGUCGCGUGGAGAUAAUUCCUAAUGAUCAGGGUAAUCGGACCACGCCCUCGUGGGUCGCCUUCACUGACGAUGGGCGGCUCAUCGGUAAUGCGGCGAAGGAUCAGUUCCUGUCAAAUCCCCACCGGACAAUCUACGACGUGAAGCGAAUCAUCGGCCGGAACAUCAGUGAGGUGGACGUGCAGAAGAAUCUCCGGACAUUCCCGUUCGAGGUCGUUGAAUCAAACGGGAUACCAAAGGUGCACGUAGAGGUGCAGGGACAGAAGGAGGAAUAUAGUCCUGAAGAGGUCUCUGCCAUGAUUUUGGGCAAGAUGAGGGACAUUGCUGAAGCAUAUUUGGGCGAGAAGGUAACCAGGGCUGUGGUCACUGUUCCCGCCUACUUCAAUGAAGCCCAGAGGGCCGCUACCAAAGACGCAGGCACCAUUGCCGGCUUAGACAUUCUCCGCAUUUUCAAUGAGUCGACCGCCGCUGCGCUAGCCUAUGAUCUAGACAAGAUUAACAAUAGUGAACGUCAAGUCUUGGUUUACGAUCUUGGGGGUGGCACUUUCGAUGUAACUAUUUUCAGCAUCGAAGAAGGCGUUUUCGAAAUACUCGCGACGGCUGGUGAUAUGCAUCUUGGUGGCGAAGACUUUGAUCAGCAAGUUGUGGACUAUUUUGUGAAGAAGUACAAUAAGGAAAAUGAUGUUGAUAUUCGCAAGGAUACGACGACUAUGAGAAAGCUAAAGCGUGAAGUUGAGCGCGCCAAACGUGUUUUGUCUUUUGAAACGACCACCAAGAUUGAGAUUGAAACCUUCCACGACGGCAACGACUUCUCUGAGACCUUGACACGCGCUAGAUUCGAAGAGCUGAACAAUUCUCUAUUCGAGAAAACGUUGAAGUCGGUUGAACAGGCCCUGAAGGAUGCCAAGUUUAAAAAGAGCGACAUUGAUGACAUUGUUCUGGCUGGCGGCUCGUCCCACAUUCCAAAGGUGCAGUCAAUGGUCGAGGAAUUCUUUGGCAAGCCAGCUCAGAAGAGCAUCAACCCAGACGAAGUAGUUGCCCAUGGUGCCGCUGUCAUGGGUGGGGUUAUCUCGGAGCCCAGAGUCGGAUGUCCCCUGCUUGAAGUGAAUCCCUCGACUCUCGGCAUCGAGACCACCGGGGGGCUCAUGGCCCCAAUAAUCAAGCGCGGCACAACUCUCCCCACUCAUAAGUCUCUGAUUUUCAGCACGGCAGUAGACAAUCAAACAACAGUCCUGAUCCAGGUGUACGCGGGAGAACGAAGUCUUACCAAGGAUAACCACUUCCUUGGGAAGUUCGAGCUUCAGAAUAUUCCUCCGGCACCGCGUGGUGUGCCGCAGAUCGAGGUCAGCUUCGAGUUGGAAGAGGACGAUCUUAUGCAUGACGGUGCCCGCGAUGAAGCAACUGGCAAAACACAGUCCAUCACUAUUGAGCACGACAAGGGGCGCCUGUCAUGGGAGGACAUCGAGCGCAUGGUCGAAGAAGGCGAGGAGUACGCCGAAGAAGAUCAGGCGAAUCGCAAACGGAUAGAAGCACGCUAUGGGGGAGAGAACUAUGGUUUCAGCCUGGAGGGCCACGUCAAGCUGGUGUAUCCAAUCUCGAGCAAGGCGUAUGAUAGAAUAGUAGAGGGGGAAGUUGGCGAGCCAAGUGUGCACGAUGAGCUUUGA